CGAUACGUACAACAAUCGAAGACACAAUUUCAAUAUUUGACUCAUCUCGAAAAAGAAAAAAAAAAUCUCCACCCCCAUAUUUUUCACGCUCAUUGAAGCAGUCCCAAAAUAUCAUUCAAGAAAAUAUUAAAGUAUAUAUAUUGCGGAAGAUAAUUGUUUUGCUUAUCCUUUGAUUUUCUGGUUGACAGAAUUAAAAAAGGUAGCAGCUUUAUGAUCUUUAGCUUUUAUGCUUUUGGAUUCUAUAUAAUUAAGGAGGGUGCGUGAGGAAAAUCAGAGAAUGGGAGGAGCAGAGGGCCUUGAUUUCUCCUUUGAAAAUAUGGAGAUUAUAUGCGGCGGCGGCGGCGGCGGGGUGACGCUUAGUGAGUGGAAGGAUAUACCGGUGGAGCUGUUGAUGAGGAUUCUGUCUCUGCUGGAUGAUCGGACGGCGGUGGCGGCGGCCGGGGUUUGCCGUGGUUGGAGAGAUGCCCUUUGCUGGGGCCUCACUCAUCUCUCUCUCUCUUGGUGCAAGAGAAACAUGAACAAUUUGGUCCUAUCACUAGCUCCCAAAUUCACAAAACUGCAAUCGCUGAUUCUACGACAAGACGUGCCUCAGCUCCAAGACAAUGCUGUUGAGGAAAUCGCGAGCCAUUGCCAUGAACUGCAAGAGCUGGAUCUCAGCAAGAGCUUCCUACUCAGAGACCCGUCCUUGUAUGCCAUAGCUCGUGGUUGUCCAAAUCUCAUAAAGCUGAACAUAAGUGGCUGCUCGGCAUUCAGCGACACUGCUCUCGGAUAUCUAACCGGCCAUUGCAGGAAACUCAAAUCUCUAAAUCUCUGUGGAUGUGUUGGGACUGCAUCUGAUAGGGCCCUAAAGGCCAUUGGAUACAACUGCAACGGAUUGCAAUAUUUGAACCUCGGAUGGUGUGAUCGAGUUGGUGACGAAGGGAUAAAGAGCUUGGCCUACGGUUGCCCCGAUCUCAGAGCUAUCGACUUGUGUGGAUGCGUUCUCAUAACCGACGACAGCGUGAUAGCUCUGGCUGACAGCUGCCUUCACCUGAGGUCCCUCGGCCUUUACUACUGCCAGAACAUCACGGAUCGAGCCAUGUACUCACUAGCACAGAGCCGGGUCAAGAACAAGCACGAGGUGUGGGCGUCCGUGAAGAACAGGUACAACGAGGAGGAGGGGCUUACGAAUCUCAAUAUCAGCCAGUGCACCGCCCUGACGCCUCCAGCAGUGCAGGCGCUGUGCGACUUGUGUCCUGCGCUCCAUACGUGCUCGGGCCGUCACUCGCUGAUCAUCAGCGGCUGCCUCAACUUGACGUCCGUGCACUGUGCUUGCGCUGUCCAGGCGCACCGUGGCUCGACGGCGCUGCCUCACUUGGCUCACUGAACUUCACUGUUGAGAAGCAAUAAUCUGUUGAUCACUCAUCUUCCUCUGUACACAAUUUCAUCGUCAUCAACGUCAAAUGCCGGGUUGCAGAGGCACCUGAAGAGCCUGCCGAUGCCCUGUCACAAAUGGAAAUAAAUCACAGUGAGACUCAACUGCUUCUGCUGCUUAUCUGAUUCAAAUGAAUGUACAAGUAUGUGUGUGUAUAUAUAUAUGUGUAGAGAGAGAGAGAGAGAGAGAGACCUGUGUAACAAGAGGAGUCCUGUAAUUUAGUGGUCUGUGAGAGUCUUCAUCAUCACUGCUAUCAGAGCUGCUGUCAUCUUCAUCUGCUGAAGCAACUUUCUUCUUUGAUGUUCCA